GAGUCCGAGCAUCAUUCCGCUCAGAGUUUACUCUUCAGCUUCUCUUUCCUCCGACACGAUGGAGAAAGUCCCCUUCACGCACGGAUUCAGCUCUGAAACCAGCGCGACGCGACCCUGGAGACCCUGGAUCCACAGAAACAACGCUUCGAAGCCUUAUGAGAGAGCAUCAUCUGAGCAGCUCCUGAAAGCGCCUGAGGUCACACACCCCGUCAAGUUGUUCUGGCCCAGAUCUCGCUGUUUCGAUUACCUGUACCUGGACGCCGAGGUCCUCCUGCGCAGUUAUCCGGUUCAGGCCACUAUCUGUCUGUGUGAGGACUCAGAGAGCGAGGAUGAGGAGGAGGAUGAAGAGCACGAGAAGAACCUCAGCUGAAGACCUUCAUCACUUCAUUUAUUCCAUGCAUGUACAUAGUUGUGAAUAUGUGUAUAAAACUAGAAGUUGACAUGUAAAUAUUUUAUUUUUUAGUAUUUAUGUUAAAUUAUUCUACAUGCCAGCUGUAACUUAUUUCCUAUGAAUAAAUAUUUGAAAUAUUA